AUGACCACAGCGAACCAUUCCCAGGUGACAGGUUUUGUCCUCCUGGGGCUCUCUCAGAUAUGGGAGCUCCGGCUUUUCUUCUUUAUCGUCUUCUCGGUUGUGUAUCUUAUGACUGUGACCGGAAAUCUCCUGAUUGUGGCCGUAGUGACCUCCGACCCACGCCUGCACACAACCAUGUACUUUCUCUUAGGCAAUCUCUCUUUCCUGGACUUUUGCUACUCAUCCAUCACGGCACCGAGGAUGCUGGCUGACUUGCUCUCGUUGAAGCCCGUCAUUUCCUUCAGUGGCUGCCUGACUCAGCUCUUCUUCUUCCACUUCAUCGGAGGCAUCAAGAUCUUCCUGCUGACGGUCAUGGCGUAUGACCGCUAUGUUGCCAUUUCCCAGCCCCUGCGCUAUAUGCUUAUCAUGAAUCGGACAGUCUGUGGGCUCCUCGUGGCAGCCUCCUGGGUGGGGGGCUUCAUCCACUCCCUCGCACAGGUUGCACUGACUGUCCAGCUGCCAUUCUGUGGGCCUGACAAGCUGGAUAACUUUUACUGUGAUGUGCCUCAGCUGAUCAAGUUGGCCUGCACAGACACCUUUGUCUUAGAGCUUCUGAUGGUGUCCAACAAUGGUCUGGUGACCCUGAUGUGUUUUCUGGUGCUCCUGGGAUCCUACACAGCGCUGCUGGUCAUGCUCCGAAGCCACUCGCGGGAGGGCCGAAGCAAAGCCCUGUCCACCUGUGCCUCCCAUGUGGCGGUGGUCACCUUAAUCUUCGUGCCUUGUGUCUAUAUCUAUGCACGGCCAUUUCGGACAUUCCCCAUGGACAAGGUGGUCUCUGUGCUGUACACCAUGGUCACUCCCGUGCUGAAUCCUGCCAUCUAUACCCUGAGAAACAAGGAAGUGAUCAUGGCCAUGAAGAAGCUGCGGAGGAGGCAAAAGGACCCUCUGGGUCCCCUGGAGCCCUGA